AUGACGGAGAAAAGUGCCUUCAAAGCUGAGUCAAACUCAAAAAAUUCAUCUUGUCAGCAACCAGAAAUAUAUGAAAAAAUAAAGUGGAAUGGUUGGGGUGACUAUGGUGUUGAGAUGAAGUUAGACCCCGAUCAUGCCCUUUGGGCUCGCCACGUAGAUGGCAAGCCCAUCAAAAAAAUCCUGGACUUCCUUCAUGAAGAGAUCGGCGGCGGCGUUGGUCCCAAGGAGGUGCCUUCUCUUUCACCAAGCAUCACUGUAAAGGAGGCGAUCGCAAAGCUCAACACACCAUAUAUUAACGAGGCCUUUCUGAAGGAAAUCUCCGCCGCAUUGGACAAGACUCAGGUACGGCCCGAUGGCAUGAGUCGCCUGUGUCACAUUGCGGGGAAAAACUACCGGGAUCUUUGGCGUAUCCGUAAAGGGAUUAUCGAGAAGGCCCCAGACUGCAUUAUCCUCCCUAACAACCAUGAGGACUGUGUCAAAAUUGUCCAGUUAGCUCAUAAGCACAACGUGGUGAUUAUCCCCUUUGGGGGCGGCACCAACGUCACGGGCGGCGUCGAGGCGAACCCGAUGGAGCAGACCCGCAUGAUCGUUUCUGUCGAUAUGCGCCGCAUGAAUCGAAUGUUGAUGAUCAACAAGGAAUCCCACAUGGCCACGUUUGAGACCGGCGUGCUGGGUCCGGAUCUCGACCGACAGCUGUUUGGCUACGGUCUGAUGUGCGGUCACGACCCGGAUAGCUACACGUACUCGACGCUUGGGGGAUGGAUUGGGGCACGGGGUAGCGGGGCGAUGUCGAAUCAAUACGGCGAUAUUGAAGACAUGGUGAUAGCACUGAAAGUGGCCACCCCAACAGGCAUCAUCGAAACGCCUGUGACCUCUCGGACGUGUGGAGCUGGUCUUAAUGAUCUUUUUAUCGGCUCCGAGGGAGCCUUUGGUAUUAUAACGGAGGCCACCAUAAAAGUAGAAGAUAUACCCGAAUCGAAAUAUUACGAAGGCUAUCUUUUCCCCACCUUCGAAUCUGCCUUCAAUGCCUUUCUUGAAUGCAAUACUAAAGGCAUCAAACCAUGUACAAUGCGCCUAUAUGAUGAGGAUGAUUUCCGUCUAAGCAGCGCCAUGAGUACAGCGAUGCACGGCCCGAUAGAGACGCUAGCGCACAAGGGCAUCAAAACGUACCUCGAGUCUGUAAAAGGGUGGAAUAUGCAAAAGGUGAGCCUUGUUAUCUUGGGUUGCGAAGGCACCAAAGAGCGGGUGAAGUUCCAGCGCAAGGAGGUGGCAGGUGUAUUCAAAAAGUUUGGUGGUUUCGGGGUUGGCAAGAGUCCAGGGGCUUCGUGGCAAGAGAAGAAAUAUGAUUUACCCUAUGUUAGGGAUUUCAGUCUUUCUCUUACGCAUUGGGCAGAUGUGUUUGAAACGAGCGUGCUGUAUUCCCAUGCGAUCUCCUGCUGGCGUGCCGUGAAGGAGGCCGUGAGGAAAAUUUGGAAGGAAAACGGUCAGCAUGGGUGGAUUGGAUGCCACACAGCGCAUCAGUAUAAGCACGGAUGCUGUCUGUAUUUUACAUUUGCCAGUUCACAGAAGGACGAUAACGAUAUGAAGAUCUUCUUACAAAUCAAGAAACGUGCCAUGGAUGCGAUGCUCAAAUUUACAGGAAACCUGACUCAUCAUCAUGGCAUUGGCUACGAACACGUACCAUGGAUGUGUCGCUUCAUGGGAAGCGGCUGUAUAGACUUACUUAUGACAAUCAAAAAAAAGAUGGAUCCAAAGAAUAUCUGCAACCCGGGGAAGCUACUUCCCUCAUUACCAAAAAACAAUGAAACGGAUGAACAAAUAAAGGCUCGUCAAGAACAAGAAAUGAUGUUUGAUAAGAUGGGGAUUCCGGGUUCAAUAAAGUCUAAUCUUUGA